AUGGUGUCGCUGGGCGUCCCUACUGCCAGGUUCGGCAUGCCGCCAGAUCCUGACAAGCCAGAGCCGCACUAUCCAGGCGUCUCGUCCAACAAGUUUGACGCCCUCGGGGCGCUCAAAGUCUACAGAGAGAGUCUCAAAAAAGAUGCGGAUAUUCGGGCGAAUCAGAUUCAGUUGCAAGCUGGAAGAGGACCGGUUCAUCACAGGCGCCGCCUCGAAGACUUGAUGCCCGGCUUGGCUUCGGUGGCGGAAGCGUACGAACACUUGGGAUACAGUGCUGAUCCUAUCACUCGGCGAAUGCUUCCUCCGGCACAGUUGUCUGGUCAUGCCGAAGGAUCUCGACCCGACGACCUUCAGUCUCGAAGUUCGAGACAGUCCAGGCUAUCAUCUGUUUUACGAGGGACUGGCGCGCUCGCGACACACGGCAGGACUAUGUCCGAAGGCCGGCUGCACUUCGGAAGAGUCGAGGGAGGAGUGUGCUGUCUCAGCCCGGAUGACAAAGCGCUCAUUCAAAAGGAAAAGGAGAUGAUCCUGAGAAGCUGUGGACAAAACAGAGUGUUCACAUUUAUUUGA